AUGGCUAACGACGCAGACAGCGCUGACACUGUUGCGCCUGAUCCUGAUCCCGGCCCGUCAUGCAGCUCUCUCCCUAUCACGGGCCUGGAGUUUCUGCGCGGCGUACAUCGUGAGCACGAGCACGAAGGCGAGCAGCAUGAUGACGGUGGUGACGACUGGGGAGGCGACGAUUGGUAUCGUCGGGAUGGACUGGAUGACGAUGAGCAUUCCGAUGGGGUCGAGGUGUGGGUGCGAUCGCCACGCCAAGAAGAUGAAGACCACGACGGACGGAACGAGGUGUGCGAUGGAUCGCACCACCCAAGCAUCGCUGAACCGGCCGAGACAGCACCAACACAAGUCGUGGAUACGUCUGUGCCAGACUCCACCGCCUCACAGACGCCGAAGAAGCGGCGCUUCACGCAGUCCGUGCUCGGGGUUGGAAUGCAGCCCGUUAAGCCUGCACCGACUCCGCCGCCACCUGCCAAAAAAACACCACCUGUAGUCCGACUCACCGCACAGGAGAAGAAGGAGAAGGUGUAUUUGAAGGCCCAGAAGAACUACACGGCGGACUGGCUUCCGCGGUUCCCAUGGUUAAUCCUUGAUAAGUCGACUGACGGUUUUCCUUGUGUUCGCUGCAGUGUCUGUAUAGAGCACGGGAAGGACGAUGCGCGCUACGGCCGCAAUGGGAAAGGAGGUCGGGACCUCCAUAUUGGGUCCUUUCGCUGGCACGAGGCGAGCGUGAAGCACGACGAUGCCAUGAAGAAGCAAAUGGGACUGAUGAAGAACAUCGAGGAGCAGAAACGCGUCGACGACUUCGCGAAGGGCGAUCCGGAGGAAUCGUUAGCUGUCAAGGAUUCUGCUGAGGCAUAUCCAGACUUCAACAUCGUGGACGAUGCCAUCAGGGCCCUCGGUGCGAUCGUCGGGAAGUCAACUCCCUGGUACGAGCGGUUCAAGGAGUUGCAGCUGGUGUACCACAAGACAAAUCUGGAGCACCAGGGGCUCCACAACGUGGACGUCACCAUCGUGACGCAGGAGGUGGACCGCACGGUGGCGUACAUUCAACACCGCUACAUCGACUACGAGAAGAAGUUCGGGGAUGGCCUGAGCCAUGUGCUGGGGUGUGUGGAGCAGAGUGGUGGUGAAGACGAGCUGUGUGAGGGGCUGGAGUGGUGA